AUGACCAAAUUGCCCCUCAUUCUCUUCGUCUCCUCCUCAGCCGCAGCCUUUUCUUCUCUAUUCUUCGCGCCUCCCUCAAUCCCAACUCCGACUCUGUUUUCUCCAUCUGCUCUCCCGCUCCUCCAGCACCCUCGCCGCCCCUCCAUUUCGGUGAUUGUAGGGAGAAAGAUCGGAGUGGGCGUGGACGGAGAGGUGAACAAGGGCAAGGCGAUAGAGGAGGGCGAAGGCGUGUGUGUGGGCAUGGAUAGAGGGGUGGGCGAGGGCAAGGCGGCGGAGCGCGAGGGGAUGCGGCCGAGGACGUCGGUGAGGAAGUAUAAGGGUUUCAGGAGUAUUUUGGUACAAAGAAACGCCCAGGCAGGUCCCUCUCCCCUUUUACAUAACCGCCAGCCUCCUCAACGCUUCCUCUGCUGCCUGGCCGUCGAUCACGGCGGCGCUGAGGCGUCGUCCCCCCGCCGGCGGCACCGCCGCCCGCGGAGUCUCCGCGUGGCCUCGCCGCGCGGCCGGCGGCCACAUCUACCCGGCGAUCGCCAUCGCCGACGACCUCCGCUCCGCGCCGCCGCCGCCGACGCCGCCCCCAGAUUCUCUUCCUCGGCUCCGCCUCCGGCAUCGAGGCCUCCGCCGUCCCGCCGCCGGCUACGAGUUCGCCCCGUCCCCCCCUCCCGCCUCGCCCGCCCGCUCUCCUCCGCCCCUCAACUCCUCCUCCGCUCCGUCGCCGCCUGCCUCCGCGUCCUCCGCGACUUCCGCCCCGACGUCGUCGUCGGCACCGGCGGCUACGUCGCCUUCCCCGUCUGCCUCGCCGCCCUCAUCCUCAACAUCACCAUCGUGAUCCAGGAGCAGAACAGCUUCCCCGGCCUCACCAACCGCCUCCUCGCCCCCUUCGCCGCCAAGAUCUUCCUCGCUUUCAAUGCCUGCGUGAAGCACUUCCCCAAGAAAAAAUGCUUCGUGUACGGCAACCCGGUGCGCCUCGCCCUCCGGCGGUUCACGUCGAAGGUGGUGGCGCGGUCGCACUUCUUCCCCAAGGCCGGCGCCGACGGCAAGGCGGCUGAGGUCGUGCUCGUGCUUGGCGGCUCCAUCGGGUCCGCGGCUAUCAAUAUUGCGAUGCUUAACAUGUAUUAUGAGAUGCUGAUGGAGCAUAAGAACAGGUACAUCAUAUGGCAGACGGGGGCCGAGGGCUACUGCGAGAUGGAGAGCCUCGUGAAGAACAACCGCCGGUUGCUGCUCGCCCCGUUCUUGAAUGCAAUGGACAUGGCUUACGCUGCUGCUGAUGUUGUCGUUUCAAGAGCUGGUGCAAUGACUUGCACUGAGAUAUUGGCCACUGGGAAACCGUCAAUUCUGAUUCCCUCGCCUACAGCUACGGAUGAUCAUCAAACAAAAAAUGCAUAUAUUAUGGCAGAAGUAGCUGGAUCAAAGGUCUUAACAGAAGAUGAGCUUGAUUCAAGUAGUCUUGCAACUGCAAUUGAUGAAAUUUUAGGAGACAAGAAUCUAAUGGCAGAGAUGUCUGAGAAGGCACUAAGUGUGGCACGGCCGAAUGCAUCUGUUGAAAUUGCUCGAUGCAUUCUAUCCCUUGUCAACAAGCCCACUCCAAAGUGAUGAGCUGAAAAAUCUCUUGAAAAAGGGUUAAAUUUAUUCCAAUAGCUUCUUUGCUAUAGUUGCUCAUUUAAUUACAUUUGUUGUUGUUUUAUAUGAGGAAAUUUUCAUGUGGUUCUGGAGCACGGGAAGUAGGGUAGGAACUAGAAUAAUUUAUGUUAAGCUGUUAAAGCAUCUAGCUUUUGUGAUUUUGGUCUCUGUUAGAUGUGCUGGACAACUAUGCAUGUUGGGUAACACAUGUAAGAUGUAUCUACUGUUAGUGAGAAAAUGUCUUUUUGAGAAUCAGAUAUUUCAGUAAAUUCCAGAAUGUAGCAAUUCAUUGAA